GAUUCCGAUUAUUUACCCGCCAACCGCCAAGCGCAGAAGAAGAAGAAGAAGAAGAAGAAGAAGAAGAAUUGGGAAGAACGUCGCACAUAAACAGAAAGAGGGAUGCUCACUUCUUAGUGCACUUAUUGCUAUUCUGCUGACCAGAAUGAUUUAGCAGUGCCUUCACCCGUUCAUAGCCCAUGCCUGAUAUUUAUAGAGCGAGUCUCAGACAGGUGUGUGCUAUGGCAGUUCCGUUCAGGAUCCCCAAAAAGAAGCAGUUGUCAGAUUCAUGCGGUCUUGACAUGCAAUCUCCACUGUCUCGACUGCAGGACAGCAACUCACACAAGAGGCAGUGGGGUUCAGUCACUCUUAAUGGAAGAAUGCCUCAUAAAAGCAGUUCUAAUGGAAAUAUUCUGUCAAAAGAAGGUCAGAGGAGUGAAUCGGUGAGACUCGUCAGGCCGUCUCUCAGCGGUGACCGACGGGAUCUUUCACCGGACUCACGCACAUCAGGCCGCGUCACACGCACCUGCUCGGAUAACAUUCCCAAAGGACCCACACGUGGCUCAGUUUUCAGUUUUAAAAUGAACAAACAACCCAUAAAAAUCAGCCCUGUUCAGGUGAACAGGACACCCAAUAAGGUGUCCGAGACGCCCGGUUUCAGAGCACAGUGUCAAACUCCAACCACUGGGAGAGACUUCACAGGAAAUAACAGAUGGAGACCCAAAAGAGCAUCAGAUACUCUUCUCUGCCAUGAUGAGAACCAUACGGGGGCGUCUCAAAGCUCUUCGUUCAAGAUUCAUCGAGGCCUGGAUCCGGGGGAACUGGAGGCAUGUGGGCUUUUCCAUGAGGAAGAAGAAACUGAAGGGACACAAGGCCACUCUCAGGUGAAAGAGACACAGAGGUCGUCCACUUCAGAGGACACGGCACACGUUUCACAGGAAGACCACAAAUUAAAGUCCCGAGGUUCUGUUUGUGACGUCUCUAAGAGCACAGUAAGCAAAAACAAGAAUGGAACUGUGUUGAAUAAAGAAUCUGUUUCCAAACCGUCCAAUCAUGAACCCAGCCUCUGCUCAGGCCGCUCUCUUCAGGAGGCUCCAGAUAGGUAUCUGAGGACCUCUGGAGAAAGAGCUGCCACCUCUGUGCCUGUUAGAAAAGAUCCGCUGACUUUCCUUCCAGAGGCCAAGAGCAAAGACCCUUUUGGGUCGUCUUACUGCAACAGAUUGAGGAGGAAGCCCCAGGUUUUCUGCAAGACCUACAAGAGAUCCAAGCCUAGCUCCACAGAGCCAAUCGUGCUGUCCAGCGAUGAUGAAGGAGCCGAUGAGAUGAAUGACGUGUCUGGGAGUUUGCAAGAGCAGCGGAUCUCUGAGGGGAUCAGGGACGCUCAGUCAGGGAACCAAAAGAGCCCAAAGACAAACGCAGGAGGUGAAAGAUCAGCGACCAAAGUAGAAGUGCCUUCCAUCAUAGAACUGGACUUCAGCAGGCUCCAUUACGACACAAUUGAGGUGCAGGCCAACGGGACAAUUGUGAUCACAGAUGAAGGCAUCUCUGUACCACUGAAAGGUGCUGAUGGGGAGGGUGAGGUAGCCGUUAGCGUGUCGUGCUCUCAGCUGCUCUUGUAUGGCGUGUGGGACGGCGGACUGGCCCGUGACGGCAGUUUGUUAUCAAGCACAGAGGAGCCCGCACCUUCACUCCUCUUCCUCAUGGUGUCAGAUGCUCAAGCCAGGCUGUUCCAGAAAGAGCUGCCUGUGCUGCACACCGUACACACUUCAGGACAGGCCUGUCCGUUCGUCCUGCUGGUGUUGACUGGCCAGUUGGAGGAUCUUCAGGCGGCUCUGUUGGCAUCUCUCAUGGAUGUGAUUGGCCUGCGACACGGUCAGAGCGAUUUGAGUAACUCUCUGUCCUGGUCGGACGGACUGAAUCGGCUUCAUUGCCACGCACGGGGCGAACAUCUCCUGUCCCUGCUGGGACAAAACGUGAAGGACGCUGGACAGGACACGGCAAAGCAGGAGAACACAAGUGGGACCAGCAGCUGGCUGAGAGAGCCAACAGUCAGAAGACCCCUCCGGAGCCACAGCCGGCAACAGAGCUCACCACGCAGGCUGAUCCAGUACCCACCUCCCCCCUCCAAGGGCGGCAUUACCGUGACAACCGAGGACCUGGAGUGCCUCAAGGAUGGCGAGUUUCUCAACGACGUCAUCAUCGACUUCUACCUCAAGUACCUUCUGUUGGAAAGAGCCGACAAAGAUGUGGCCGAAAGAUCUCACAUCUUCAGCAGCUUCUUCUACAAGCAACUAACUCGGAAAAACACUAGCUGCCCUGAAGACAGUGGCACCACAGCCCCAUACAGACGACAUCAAAGAGUGAGAACGUGGACCCGUCACGUGGACAUCUUUAGCAAAGACUACCUUUUUAUACCUGUAAAUCAGGAGGCUCACUGGUACCUCGUGGUGAUCUGUUUUCCCGGUCUGGAACGGCCUGAGUGUGUCCCAUGGAGGAACAAAGGCCCUGUGUCCCAGGAUAAGAGUCAGACAGCUAAAGCGAGCUCUGCAGGGGAUUGUCAAAGAGACAGUUCACAGCAACCAAAAGGAAACAGAUUGAAACCCAGUGAGCCAAGACCUCACAACCUACCGGAUUGCACAGUACACAGCUGCACAAGAGAGACCGUCUGCAGGAGGCCCUGUAUUCUGGUCAUGAACUCUCUGAAGCUGUCAUACUACCAGCGGAUCUACACGCUGUUACGCGAGUAUCUGCAGGUGGAAUGGGAGGUUCGGAAAGGAAGCGCUCGAGCUUUUACCCGUGAAAGCAUAAGCGGGAGUCUGUGCAGGGUCCCGCUGCAGGACAACAGUAGCGACUGUGGCCUGUACCUGCUGCAGUAUGUCGAGAGCUUUCUGCAGAAUCCAGUGGUGCACUUUGAUCUCCCGCUGCGACUGGAGCAUUGGUUUCCGAGGAAUCAGGUGCGCAGGAAGAGGGAGGAGCUACGGGAGCUGGUGCUGCUGCUGUACCGGAGACAGGGGGGCGGGGCUGAGCAGAGCGCCAAAUAAAAACAGACGGAACAUGUCCUGUUACUAAACUAAUAAUUAGGGCCUUUUGUUUUGUUUUUCUUGUCCUGUUUUAUUUUAUUUUUUUUGUACUGAUUAACAGAUAAAGGAUAUAUUUAUAAUUUAACUUUGUAUUUAUUUGUAUUAAAAUGCCUUUUAAAUGUGA